AUGAUCUUGAAUUGCAAUAGUCGCAAUAAACUUGGAUGGACUAACUACAAUGCAUGGUGGUGCAGCGAUGGCAAGGCUUGUACACGAGCUGACCACUGCAGCAAUGGACGUUGUAUAGGUACACCAUUCACGUGUUUAUAUUGUGAAAAGUGUCAGUCCGACACGUGCAAAAUCAGACCUGGUUACUGUGCCAUCUGGUACAAAUACAAGAAAACGUGCUUCCAUAACAAAGCUCUCAGACCAGGUUACCCUUGCCAGCAAUGUGACAGCAAUAAUCCCUACAAAUGGACGAUCAAUAACAACCUGAGAUGCAGUGAUAACAAUGUUCAGACAAAAGACGAUCGUUGCGCGAGAGGUAUAUGUCGUGGAACACCUUACCCUUGCCUCUCAUGCGAGCGUCAUGACGGCAGUGGUUGUCCUUUGAAAAGCGGUUUCUGCAAGAUCCAGCACAACAGUACUAGUCAGCCAACUUGUUUUGCAAACCAGAAUCUCAAACGCGGAAAUCCUUGUCAGUGGUGCAACACGAGGUUAAGUACAAGUGCUUGGUCCAGCCGUAAUAAUGUAACGUGUGACGACAGGGAUAAUUGCACCAGGUCCGACACCUGCACAAAUGGACAAUGCACAGGAACGGCAUUCACAUGCAACUCACACUGUCAGACAUGCAACGGUCGGAAUUGCAGUCAAAGGACUGGCUUUGGUUUUGCCCAGGGAAAGUGUACUUGUAAAAUUGCUGGAAGAGAUUACAACYAUCAGCAAUUAAACCCCGCCAAUCAAUGUCAGUGGUGCAACCUUUAUGACGCUGCAUCAAAGCCCUCAGGAACCUGGACAAACCGUCCCAGUGUCCCAUGCGAUGAUGGAAAUCCAUGUACUCAUAAAGACAUCUGUGACAAUGGAAAGUGUGUUGGUCAACAAUACAGCUGUCAAUCAUCAUACCCCAGCGCAAGCUGCAUUAAGACUUCACAAUGUCUGGGUAACGGACAGUGUAAUGAUACCAUGCGUCCAGUGGGUACAAUAUGCCGAGCAGCCAAGGACGCAUGUGACAAACCCGAAAAAUGUAAUGGCAAACUUGGGGCAUGCYCUGCAGAUGCAAUCGACUUCAUAAGCAUAAAAACCGGCAGAGUACAAUUCAKGAAUCCCACUUUUACUUCCAACGCCGCCUACCAGCAUAUAACAACCUCCCUUUAUCUGAGUAUAACCGGGUUCUCCAUCUCCUGCGGAGCCAUGAAAUACAAGUGGUUUUUGCUGAAUGGUUCCUCACAGUGUACGACAACUUCAAUUGCCAAUGGAGUCUUUGCAGAUACAGAUACUAAACAAACAAUUACAGGUCUAAAACUCCUUGAUACCAAGAGCUAUAAGGUAGCAAUACAAGCCGUAGAUAUGAGAGCCGCAGUUCGUCCACUUGUUUGCUCAAGUCCUAUCACCAUAGAUACAACAAAACCAAAAGUUGGAUGGGUUUAUGAUGGUACUGCUGCCGACAUUGACUACCAAGCAAGUAAGAACAUUAAAGCUAAUUGGGGUGGCUUCAACACCAGAAAUGGUAUUGCAAAGUACGAGUGGAAGGUGACUUAUACAGCUUUUGGCGGUGGUCUUACUUCUGAUCUUCUUCCGUUUACUGGAAAUGGUGUCAAUACCAAAGCGUCAAAGACAUUUGCCAACAUAGUGGAUGGGUCUCUGGUGAAAGUAGUGGUUCGCGCCUAUACCAAAGCAGGUCUUUAUACAGAUAGCACUAGUGAUGGAGUGAUUGUAGAUUUUUCAAAGCCAACUCCAUCAAAUGUUUAUGACGGCUCCACAACUGGUGUAGAUGCCAAGUACGCAAAGUGGACCAAUACGUUUACCGCAAACUGGGAUGCCUUUAAAGAUGUCCAUAGUGACAUUUUAAGCUACGAAUGGGCUGUGAAACGUGGAGCGGGGCUUAUUACCACAUUCAAAUCAACAGGCUCAUCACGUUCUGGUUCAGCUUCGGGUCUCAACUUGGUCUCAGGCGAGAGAUACUGUGCUGUAGUCAAAGGAUAUAACAAAGCCCUUCUUAGUGCGRAAGCGACUUCCGACUGUGUUCUAAUUGAUCAUGAUCGCCCAAAAGCUGGAAGAGUCAAUGAUGGYCUAUCGAGUGAUAUUCAUUACCAGUCAAAUGUCUCUUCUAUUUCAGCCAAUUGGAAUGGAUUUAAUGAUGGCGCCAAAGGAAGUGGAAUAGUGGGUUAUCAGUACAAAAUUACUAACAGUACGACUGACGUUGUUGGAUGGACAUCUGUAGGCUUGAAGACAUCAAUAACUCAUACAGGACUCUCCUUAAAAAAUGAAAUGAAAUACUUUGUUACUGUCCGAGCAAUUGAUGCUGUUGGAUUUUCAACCGAUUUAAGGAGCAGUGGAGUUAUUGUCGAUACAUCGCACCCUGUUUUCAAUGGAAAGGUUGAAGUCCGUGGUAUCAAGGACGUCUACAAAGGCAAACCUUAUGUUUACGCAGCAAGCAGAACAACACUUGAUGUUACAUGGACUGGAUUUUCAGAUGGUCACAGUGGUUUGCACCGUUACAAUUGGGCAGUUAUUCCAGCAACACAAAGUGUCAAACCCUCUGACUUCAAACCCGUAUCGGGUUCUAGUUUGACAACUUYAGCAUCCUUUUCAGGACUUAGUUUGACGGACGGCCAAUCGUACAGAGUUAUCAUAAGAGCGUAUAACCGUGCCUUUCUAUACACUGAUGCUUCUUCUAAUGUGAUCAUUCCUGAUUCUACACCUCCUCAACCAGGAUCAGUUAGUGAUGGUUCUACAAACGGAACUGAUAUUGAUUACCAAGUAAGCCUUAGUUUUGUAAAGGCAACAUGGACAGGAUUUAAUGAACCUGACACUGGUAUAAGACAGUACUAUUAUGCAGUGGGAAGCUGUACCAAGGGAAACUACCACAUCACUAAUAACAAGUUUGUUCCAGCAUCACCAGCUCUAUCCUCUUCGAUGUCUAUUGAAAACCUUAAUCUUAUAAACGGUCAAAGAUACUGCACCAAAGUCAAGGCAACCAAUAAGGCUGGCAUCUAUAGUCAAGAGAUAACUUCAGAUGGCUUUAUGGUGGWCAAAACACCUCCAGAUACUCGAGAGGCUCGCGUGAUUGACGGGGUUACACAAAUAGAUAUUGAUUAUCAAGCGAACCUAACCGAAAUGUCUGGCAGCUGGGAAGGUAUGAAAGACCCUCAGUCUGGUAUUGAACACUAUGAAUACGGUAUAAGCAGAAAUAAAGCCGGCGUUCCUGACAUUUCACCUUUUAUAAAUGUUGGACUUCAAAGUUCUGCUCGAGCUACUGGUCUUUCCCUUGCUGAAGAGGUGUAUUACUUCAUUGUCUGCGCCAUCAACAACGCCGGCUUAAAGUCUUGUUUAAGUUCUGAUGGCGUCUUCGUUGAUAAGACUAAACCAAGUAAGGGAAUCGUCAACGAUGGAGUUCUCGAGCCUGAUCUGAAAUACCAAUCCUCGUUAACMAGCAUUGCAGCCAAYUGGGAAGGCAUAUGGGAYUUACAGAGUCAAAUAGAAAGGUUUGAAUGGGCUGUCAAAGAUAACACAAAAGACGAAAACGUUGUUCAACCUUAUAUAGAUGCUGGACUAGCUACGCAUGUGAAAAGUGAGAAGCCACUGAACCUGGUCAACGGCAGAACAUAUAUCGUGCAUCUAAAAGUUUAUAACCACGCUGGCGCGGUCAGCGAAAUUAAAUCGGAUGGUGUCACUGCAGACUCUACAGCACCACAUCCAACUCAAGUCAGACCUGGAAUUGUAGGAAAUAGUGACUGGAUUUAUAAUGACAAAGACAAAACAUUUUAUACAUCAUCAUCAUCGUCACAGAUUUUUGCUMACUGGAAAGAAUUUAAAGAGAAUGAAAGCGAGUUAUGGUAUUACAAAUGGGCUAUUGGGACAUCAAAGUGUGGCACACAGGUUCAAUCUUUAACCAACAUCGGUCGAUCAACCCAUGCAAACACCACAAUGUCUGACUUGACUUUCAMUGAUGGCAUAAGAUAUUACGUGACCGUUACAUCACGCAACAGGGCUAAUCUGGUCUCUCGAAGCUGUUCUGAGGCUUUUAUGAUGGACAAAACUCCACCGAAUACUGGUUCUGUAAAUGUCGGUGAUCCUGACCUUCAUCAGAAGUAUAUCGGAUCAGAUUAUGUAAAAAUUUAUUGGAAAAAUUUUGAAGACARAGAAAGUGGAAUUCACUUUUGCAACAUCUCUAUCAAAAGUCCAUCAGGUCAAAUUUUCAUCAMCCAAAUAACAGGCAAAGAUGCUGGCAGCGUCCCYAUUCGAAACACCCUUUUCAGACCUGGUCAAGAGUACAGAGCCAUCGUCAAAUGUGUUAACAAGGCCAACUUAACUAACACUCAUACGUCAAAGCCCUUCAUAGUUGACAUGACAGCGCCUAUAACGCAGAAUGAGAUAAUUGCUGGUGUAUCACGUGACCUUUUCAAACAGUAUCAAGCCGACUAUAGAUCGAUUUCGAUCACAUGGCCUCCGUUUAGUGAUCCUGAGAGUCCCAUUAAGAAAUAUUUGUUGUCURUUGGUACUACUCCUUUAGRUGAUGACAUUGUGACUCUCUAUAAUGUUGGAAUGGAAACACAAAUCGUACGAUCUGAUUUAAAUCUUCAUUAUGGUUYGAUGUACUAUAUAACUGUMUACGGUGUGAAUGCUGCUGGUUUAAACACCACAGCCCAAGGGCUCCCUUUACUCAUUGAUAACACCCCACCAAUAGUACCAGAAGGUAGUGUGAUGGAUGGUGCUGGUAAGGUCGAUUGGGAAUUCAUCAACCCAAAAGAUCUAGUUAAGGCGCACUGGGAAAKMGYAUCAGAUCCUGAGAGUGGCAUACYAAAGAGUAGGUACUGUCUAGGUACUACACCUUUCGGAUGCCAAAUUAAAGGCGUUACUGAAACCAACGAGACAUCGUUCACUUGCAAGAGCUGCAAGAUCAAACCAGGGGAGAGGGUGUAUGUUACAGUAGACAUUACUAANCAAAGUGGUAUCGAUAAAUGCAAAUGGACAAUUGUUGACGGUGAUGACCAGGAAGUCUUCUCGUUGGACAUUUCGGGACCAUAUAAGCUAGGAACAAAGCAAAUAAUAUCAGCCAAUCAGACAUACCGCUUUGUUCCAUUUAAUUCAAGUAAACUUUACUAUAACGUAAUCGAAUGUACCAAUCGUGCUAGGCUAUCAGCAAAAGUGCGAUCCAAUGGAUUCCGUGUUGUAUCRCAGUGGCCAAUUCCUAGMGAUGUCAGGGAUGGACUGACUAUCGGCAAAGAUCUCGACUACUUGRCGAGYACAAAAGAUGUURGUGURCAUUGGGACGUAUUURAGGCAGAUUCUCGCGAYUCCGUCAGCAAUUAUGCCUGGGCAAUAGGAACGUCACCUGGUAACCAAGAUAUCAUGAAGUUCAAAAGCGCAGGACUUACAUUACAGGACAAAGUGACCUUAGCUUCAGAUGAGCCUGACUUAGAUGUACUUAAGCCUGGACAGAAAUACUACAUCACUGUUAAGGGAACAUCAGUAAGCGGAUUAUCAAGCUCAAAGWCRUCUGACGGGUUCUUUGUUGAUACCACUCCACCAGUUACAUCUGACGUUAAGGUAACCUUUGYUGUAUCGGAUCACUCARAUCGWAAAGUUGAUCUUCAAAUCGAUUGGUCUGGAGUUAAAGAUGAUGAAAGUGGCAUCAUGGAAUCURAGUUUUGURUUGGRACAACACCARGGAGUUGUAAAACGAGCAAGAYUUCUUCUGGUAUCUCURAAAMGGMGGUUCUACCYUCUUUCAAGCCUGUUUCAUUGGCUGGGUACUACGUAACGGUUGUUGUAACAAAUAAUGCAGGACUUACAGCAACAAUGACAUCAGAUAAAAUAUCCAUCGACACCACACCACCAACACAUGGACAAGUCAUUGAUGGAAUCGGCCGAGAUAUCGACUACAUGAAUACAACAAAUAGUAUAUCAAUACAGUGGGCUGGUUUCAUCGAUAGAGACACUACUGUAAAAAACUGCACUUGGACACUUGUAGAGCAAUCGCUUUCUGAAGAUGGGUCGUACUAUGGUAAUGAUACAAUUGUUUUUGAACAAGAUGUCAGUCCUAAAGGCAGGGAAACACGUGAUGGAUUAGAUCUUAAGCCUGGUUCUAAGUACGUCAAUAAGAUAACGUGUUCUAAUCGUGAUGGUUUCACAGUAACUUCAGCAUCAAAUGGAGUCGUUGUUGACCUCACCCCUCCAGAAACAAGCACUGUUAUUGAUGGCCUAGACUUUAACAAGGAUGUCAACUUCACAAGCGACACCACCACCGUCAGCACUGUGUGGAGUGCAUUUUCGGACACUGAAAGUAGCAUUAUGGGAUAUCGAUGGAGCUUGGGAACUUCGCCUGGGGAAGACGACGUAGUUAAAUUCCAAGAUGUUGGUUUGAAGAGACAAGGAAAGAUGGAAAACAUUACCCUUGUUCCUGGCGAGCCUUAUUACGUCACUGUAGAAGGAACCAAUCACGCAGGGUUAACCUCUCAGGGAUGGUCAGAUGGAUUCAUCGUCGACGUAUCUCCACCCGACGUAAAGUUGCACAUCCAAAAUAAAUGGAUUGGUCCAUCAGAUUCCAUCAGUGUUAGCUGGCAAUAUUACGACCUUGAAAGUGAGAUCAAGUCGAUAGAAUACUGCAUUGGUAAAAAUACUAGAAGUUGUCAAAUCAAGCCGAUAACCAAGCUUCCUGCCACCAGUACAAAUGUGUCCUGCACUGACUGUGUACUUCGCCACAAUGAAAAAUACUUCGCUAUUUUAAGAGUAGUGAACUACGCCGAUCUUUAUACUGUAAAAACAACAGAAGCCAUUCAGACCGAUUUUACCCCGCCAACUACUGGAGAAAUUGUUCCCGUGGUUACAGUAACCUCGUGCGUCAACCAAUGCGAGCUGAAGUACAAUAUAAGUGGKUUUAAUGACCYUGAGAGUGGAAUMAARACUUGCAGAGUAGGAGUCCAUAACAGUUCGGGCGUGAUGACCAACUUAACAUUGCUUAAUUCCUCGGAUGUAGUUGAAUUCAGCAACCUGACUCUACAGCAUGGCCAGCGUUACUCUGCUGAAGUAAGAUGCSUGAACAAUGCUGGGUUGGAGAAAAGGGUGACGUCAGACGUUGACGUGUUGGUUGACRWCACACCCCCUUUAAAGGGAAGAGUUUUUGUCAGUCCGGACCGCACACACGAUGUCUUUGGAAUUCACUCAAACUGUCAUCUCUACAACACGACCCUCAGAAUUCAUUGGUCAGGAUUUUACGACCCAGAAACAGGAAUAACCGGUUUUAAAGUGUCUUUGGAGAAACAGAACCAUUCUUCCAGAGUCAUACAACCAAGAGAUGUUGGCAUAACAACAAGUGCUACAAUUGACGUAGAUGUCGAUCAGGGCGUAUAUGCUAAUGAUAUUAUAUACGCUAUAGUUGAAGCUAAAAAUGCGGCGGGACUGGUGACUAGGUCACAGUCCCCGCCAACGCGCCUAGUCUCAACCGAAAUGGAUCGAGAAGGAGACUUCUUGUGUGUUGAUAUGUGACGUGGGUUAAAACAACACAAAACAUUCUUUAUUAUACUGUAAAUAUAGCCUUCUUCGCGGCGAAUUUUACUAUUCAGGAUUCCUGUGUUAAGCAAAAAAAGGGUUAGGGUCGGCUUCUCGGUCAGGCUUAGCACCACCAUGAAGACCGAGACAAAGAAUUCAAUUUGUGCUAGAGUAGCCUGAAGGAGGCUAUUGACUGCAUAGCGAAUUUAAUACUUUAAACUAAACUACAGACCCGUAGGUUGGGGAACGGGAGGAAUUCCAGGGGCCAUCAUUCUGGAUGUAGCUCACCCACGGGCUUUCAUUAUUAAACAAUAUUAGACAAACAUUAAUCAAAGGAAGGRAUCAUGCAUUGUUCUCCGCAAAUUCUUUGUAACUCAGCAUAGCUUUUGUUUGGACUUGGACAAAAUGGGCUUCUCUUACUUCGCGCGCAUCUUUGCAACAACUAAAAUCUGUACUUAAAGUAAAUUAUUGAAUAAAAUAAAUCCAUAGGGUUUUAAAGCUGUCCCAUAUAAGGGUUUCAAAGCUGUCCCAUAUAAGGUUUUCUGUAGUAUUUCCACUAUAUUAAAUAGCAACAAGUGUAUUGAGUGAGGUUUCAUGAAGCCAUCGAAGUAUGUUCAAUACUAAAGUGUUUGAACUUCGAUUUGAUCAAUAUAUGGACCUGAAGCUUCCUCAAUUUUUCAAUAUUUUAUAGUUUUGAUACAAACCUUCAUGUAAAGUGCGAUUCAGUGUGAUGAACGGGUAUUCUAAACGACUAUCUGGCCAUUAUGCUGGAGCGACAACACUUAAACUCGUCCGCCAUGAUCGUCAUGUUUGAACAAUGACUUGAAGUACAAAGGAAGCCCAAAGUAAGCUAUGCAUGAUCCCAUUUCAUUUUUCGAGCCAUGAAAUCGUCCAUUUUCGUUAGAUUUAAUGGAAUUGUUUAAUCGCUACAUUUUCUUACAGUGAUGUUUGACCGUAGAUAUUAAUUUACAGCAUAAAUAUUAAGUAAUGGUCCGAGUAAGAAGCAGGCAAGCAAACGGCAAUGGAAUGCAUGAAGGUGCUAAUUGUGUAUUGUAUAAUCCAUCCAUCUCAUUGGU